AAUGACUUAGGCAGCAGUAGUUCAAGCUAUGUUGUUUGUCGCGUGAAGACCUCUUCUACUUCGACGACUGUGGCUUCUGGUGGCUUCUGGCAACUCUUGACGGUCAUCUUCAUCUUCGCGUGUGCGGCAGGGCCCCUCAGAGUGCUGGCGUGCGGAGGUGCUGCUCGCGAUCACCUCUUCGGCCACCUCUUCGAUCACCUCUUCGAUGAUGGUUGGGUCCCUCGUCUACAUGGCGAACUUCCGCGUCCUCUGCUUCAUCGGCUUCUUCGACUUCGUCCUCUUCUCCAUCGACUUCUUCGACUUC